CAUUCUUCCCCUUUGGCCGAGCUGUCUUCUCCAGCGAAAUUCGCCGCCGUGGCUUGAAACCAGUCCAAUUCCUCUCACACACCACCACCUGGUACCUCAACGACCAAUUUGAUCCGUUCCCGGGCAAAAAACACCGCCGCAGCACCUCCUUCGCCAUCUUCUCCCUCCUCAAUUCGCCGCCGUUUCGAGGCAGGUAGGCCGCCGAGCUAGAAAGCAACGCUACCUAGGUCAAGCUCGUCGAGAUGUCGUUUGAGGGUUCGGAAGAAAAGAAGUUGAGCAAUUUAAAUUUUGUCGAAGAACUCCAAGUCAGAGCUUCACUACGCGAAGAGAAGUCAGCUGCUGCAGGAGAAGCCCAGAGGUCAAGACUUCAAGGCCUAGAGGCUACUGCAGGAGGAGCCCAGAGGUCAAGACUUCAAGGCCUAGAAGGAAUCAAGGGGAGGACCAGGAAAUACUCAAGGAAGGGCUUGGAGGCGUGGUGGACCAGCAAGGGAGCCCAAGCCGAGGUGGAGGCCCAAACCAAAUCGACUUCGGGGCCGUUUCGGAGUCCAGGAGCAGUCUGCGCUAAAACUGGUCUCACGGUUGCAUACAGGCUCGGAUUUGGGCAUUCUUUUUAUGUAUGGAAACUUAAGAAGAUGAUAGUUCCAAUGGCUCUAGUUUCAGGCCCAAAUUCAUCUAGAGUCGUCGGGAAUCGUCAAAGGAAGUUGACGUCCAGAAUCUGAUUUGGUGUUGCGACGCCGUAUUUUGGCCUUUGGGCGUUGUAUCGUGUUGGAACCCAUUAGGGUUGCAUCCAGGGGGUUUUGCAUGACCCUAGACUCCAUAAAUCAGUAGCUGCUGCCUAAGAUUAGGUUUUGGGUUUUGCUUUAGAUUGAUCUGUCUUCGAACAGUCGCCAUUCAUCGAUUUGUGAAACCCCAACUUUGUGUGCUUAAUCAUUCGUCUGCAGUUUGUAACUUUCAAUUGAGAGCUGCGUUCUUUCAAGUUCUUGCUUGUGUUCUUCAUUUUGCAGGCAGGGAUUAGCCUUUUUGGCAAGGUCAACCGGAUUGUGACACGGUUGAUAACUAGAGGAGUCGUGGUGCUAAGAUUGCAGAGUUCGAGUCUGCUGACUUGAAGCCGGAUCCGUGUGUCGUGCUCCACCAAAAUUAGAGUUAUCCUUCACCUGAUGGAAGAUUGGGCCCUCUAGUUCCUGUCAAGUGGUAAUCAAAGACUUAGGUAUUACUGUCAGGCUUA